CACACACACACACACACACACACACACUCAAUGAAAGAAUUUGAGAUCAGAAUGUCGUGCUGGAAGCACAGAAGGCGUUCCUCUUCAGAGAGAAAGUAGAAACCCUUCACUAAAAGCUCUCAGCCACGUUGUCCUGAAGACCAGUGAGUGAACAGACAACUUGAUUCAUCUCUUACCAUGCUGUUGGCUGGAAUUGCUGCUCGUGGCCCCAAGAACUCACUUCAGGGCUUGAGGUCGAUUUGUUUUUCUCAGCACUGGGAACUGAAUCCAGGAUCUGUCAUGGAUGCCACUCAACUCCUCCUCCUUCGUCCUAAAAUCCCCAAUGGCAAGGCUGAGGCAGGAGAAUUGUGAGAUUGAAACCAGUCUAGGCUUCCUUCUGGGAUCUGUAAAAAGAACGGAUCUAGGGGAUGUAGUUCAGUAACAGAGGCCUUGGGUUCAGUUCCCAGUACUGUAAAAACAAACAACCCCAUAUGAAAAUAGCCUGCUGUGAUGGCUUACACCUGUAAUCCCAGCACUUGGGAGGCUCAAGCAGGAGGAUUGCUGGAAUUUUGAGGCCAGCCUGGAUGGCUACACAGUGAGGCAUUGUCCCCCAAAAAAAACAAAACACCAGAACAAGCAGCGGCCCAUCGUGGUGCUCCAAGAUCCCACUGUUCACUUCACCUCUAUCAAGCAAUGCAAUGUACUUCUGUCCCCUAAACCCUUCCGAUUGUUUUGGUUACUGCACCUUGCCCUAUGCCUCUUUCCUGUGUGUGACAUCCCGUGACAGCCGCAUCUCUGUGUCUCCACUGCCUAGAUGCACCUAACAACUAGGCAGUUCUGCCAUCUGUCCACAUACACUGGCUGGGUUCAGCCUCCCACUGACACUCCAGUAUGUGGGUCUCCUGAUUCUUCCCUGGCCUCAGGUCUCCUGGGGGUGGGGGAAUCAGGGCAGGCGGAAUGGCUGGUGGGAUUUUGAUGGGAGUGAGAACCAGGUCUGUGGCUAUGUGGUAUACAGUGUACAGUAAGACUGAUCAAACCACAGCUUCCAGGAGCAGAGCCAUCCAUCUGCCUGGCAGGUGAUUUGGGAUUUGAGAGCUCCAGGUUCAAAUGGAAGGUGGCAGCUGGGCUGGGUCCUGUGAUGUUAAAGGAGAGGGAGAUGCCCAGGGCAUUUGGAAAGCAGAAUUGACAGGACUUGGCAGGUGGCUCUGAAAGAAUUGAAGGGAGGAGGAGGCAGCAACAAUGGCCUCAAGUUGGAUUGGCUGACUACAGACUACUAGUGACGAAUGCCUUGUGGUGCUGCCCUCUUCAGGAUGGUCUUCAGUUACCUCCAUGUGUCUGUCCCCCACCUCUCUCCAAACUGCACGGUGGAGUUCUCCAGUCCUCACAAACAAGCAAGCCUCCAGCUUGCCACUACUACUGUAGUCAAGGUGGUUGCCACAGCAGUUGGCAUCAGUGCUCUGGUCCCUAAGGAACCUGUCACCCUCCAGCCUGCCUACAGCACGGCAUUACUACUUCUGCAAGGAACAGAAAGGAGGCAGUUGGACACACACCCAUGUGUCCCCUGUCCUGAGAUCUGGGUGGGGCCAGAAAGGACCAGUGGCUUGAAAGGGAGGCGGGCUUUCAGGAGGCCUCUUCUCUUAGCAUCCGAGGCUCCAGCCCACUUGGUUCCUUGUUGUUGGUGGGAGUGGUGGCAGUGGCAGCAGGUGUAGCACUUGGGCCAUGGCAGAGGACGGGCCACAGAAGCAGCAGCUGGACAUGCCGCUGGUUCUAGACCAGGACCUGACCAAGCAGAUGCGCCUCCGAGUAGAGAGCCUGAAGCAGCGUGGAGAGAAGAGGCAGGAUGGCGAGAAGCUGCUCCGGCCGGCUGAGUCUGUCUACCGUCUAGACUUCAUCCAGCAACAGAAACUGCAGUUCGAUCGCUGGGAUGUGGUUCUGGACAAGCCUGGCAAGGUCACCAUCACGGGCACCUCGCAGAACUGGACGCCUGACCUCACCAACCUCAUGACACGCCAGCUGCUGGACCCUGCCGCCAUCUUCUGGCGUAAGGAAGACUCCGAUGCCAUGGAUUGGAAUGAGGCCGAUGCCCUGGAAUUUGGGGAGCGCCUGUCUGACCUGGCCAAAAUCCGAAAGGUCAUGUAUUUCCUUAUCACCUUUGGCGAGGGCGUGGAACCUGCCAACCUCAAGGCCUCCGUGGUGUUUAACCAGCUCUGAUGACAGCCCCGGUUGCUCUGCCUCUGGCCCACAACUCUCCUUUGCCUGAACCUCCUUCUUUGUGUGUAUUUUGGGGACAUUCUGAUAGCUGCUCCUUCUGUGCUUGACUUGGCCAGAGGCCCCCUGAGUCCUACCUGCCCCCCUCCCUGUUUCCCUGGUGCCAGUGCUGCGGCUCACAGGGAUGUCCCAUGGCUCCAUAGUCUAGAAGCUGGACACCGCUACUAUAGACAAUAGAGGCCUUUUGGGUCCGUGUGGGCAGAUGGAUGGACAUCUUGGGCAUCUGCCAUCUCUGCUUCAUUGUGGUGGAGAGAAAGUGAUUGAGAGACCAAGAGACUAACCAAGAGAUCCAAACAAGCAGCAACUGAUUUCCUUCAUGGAUGGGAGACUGAGACAUGACAGGAACUGCCUUCAGGGGAACCUGGCAAAAAGGCAUUUGCCUGCUGGCCAAAGCUGGAGUCAGGAGGUGAACGCCCAGUGGCACCCUGGCAGAGGGAAGAUGCUUCACCCAGUGUCGGCAUCAGCCUGCUGUGACCUUAGGGCCUUCAAGACACUGGGCAGGGCUUGGUCUGUCUGGCAGAGGGUGGCUGGCUUUGCAGGUCUGGCCCAGGUUUCUGUGGAGAAGGGAAAGAACAUGUAGAAGCUGGCACAGCUGUAGCUACCCGCACAUAAAACAUACAUAUUGAGAGAUAGCAUGCUGUAUUUCUAUGGAUGCAUGUCCGAGGGAUGAUACUUGGCAGGAAUAAGGCUAACUAUAGUUUAGUUGUUGACUGCUAAACACAGGUUCCUUGGCUUGGUGGAGGUAACCCUGUCUGAACCUUCCUUGGUGCAUGACUUCUUGAACUGGGAGACUGAGGCUCAAAUGGUGAAGCAGAGAACUGAGUUAGAGGAAUCCAGGGCUCCAAGCCAGAAAUAUGGAUGUCCCCGUUAGGACGCCUGGUCUCUGCAGCUCACUGGUCAGGAACACGGGUGUUGUGUCCUGUCACCUCUCUGGGCAUUUACUGGUUGUUCUACUGGAGUGGUAGCACAUGGGUAAGGCUUGGGGGGCAGUUAAGAUGUCUGAUGUCUAAAGUGGGUUGGGGGUGUCCAGAUGUGAUGCCUAACACUGGCUUUGGAGGCUAUCAGGACAACCCACUCACCAAAUUGACAGGGAAACUGUGGCACAGUUAUCAGCAGAUUCAGCCCUGCCCUAAGCCUCAUUUUCCUUCACCCUGCACAUGCUGAGAGCUUCCCUUUGAGAAGAAGUCUCACCCAUCGCCACCUAGCGUCAGCCAGGGGCACCUCAGCAGUGUCACCUACUCUGUUUCAAGGCUGCCUCCAGCAUCAAGAGCUGAAGGUAGGAGCUGUCUCAGUGGGUUGGCUGUCAGGAGGGCAAGUCCCAGCUCAGUGUCAGGGUUCUGGAGGCAGGAGGUGGGCUGUGGCACUGGCUCUGGUAGCUGUGCUGUCAUGUGCUUGCAGAAGCACUGGCUAGUGCUUCUAGAUGCUGCUGACUCUAGGGAGCCAUACCCAGACAGGGGCCCUACUUUUCUGUCUCCCUUUCUGGCCUCUCCCUACAGCUCUUGAGACCCCUUUGGUUAACACUGCCUGCUCCCCAAUUCUGUCUCACCCCAUUUGCACUGUGGGAACCUGAGUGCCUCCUCCGUGCCUGUCAAUGUCCCCAAUAAAGACUGCAUGCCCUCACCUCUGUAGUGUGCCUGUGUGUCGUAGUCUUUAUCUCUUGCUGUAAGCUCAUUCAGAAGCCUUCCCUGUGGGCCCUUGCAGUUCUGAGGAGCUCCACCCUGUCAGCCUUCGGUGAGGUGAGGUGAGGUCCCCGUAUCAGGACUGGGUUUCACCUGUCUUAGGUCUCCUGGCUGUCCUGCAGGGACCAGCCCAGCCUCUGGGGUUAUGAAAGAGCAAGCUUAGGCCAUGCUUGGGGCAGGGACCUUGGGAGUGGAGUGGGUAAGGCUCACGACAGUUUAGCCUGGUCUUGGUCACUGCUUGGCUGUGUCCUCUAGGAGCCCGUCACCCUCUCCUGGGCUUGACCUUCCAAGUCAGUCCCUGGUUUUGUUUCAUCUCUUCGAAACUGUCUCCUCUGGCCCUGACACUUGGGGUAGCUGGAGGGACGGCUCAGCCCUCAUCAUCUCCCAUAUUCACCCAUUUUUGGAUAGGGACAACUGAGGCCAGGUGAAGGAGGCCUCCAUCCUGAGGCAUGGAGGGGUAGACUGGCAAUCAGGCUCUGAGUCCCCUGGACUUGUGAUCCCACAAUUGUGACUUCCUGUGAUGGGCUUGGGAAGUAUAUUCUCCCACCUCUUCUGGGGACUCAAGCGUAUCAGGAUGACUUCCUACAGAGAAAGAUGUCAGAGGCCUCCAUGGGUUGGCUUACAAAUGUCCCUAGCUUCAAAGCACUCCCCUGAGGUUCUCCCCUCAGCCUCUGUCACCUUGUAGCAUUCAGAGACAUUUCCCUAUGCUGCUUCCCCUGGCUCAGGAGCCUGUGUUCCCACAUGCUCCUCCCCAAACUGCCUUCUUCCAUUUUAUUCUGCCAGCCUUGAAGCUUGCCUCUGAGAGGGGCAAAGUCCAGGAGAGGAAUUCAGCUUCCAGCCCCUGUGAAUUGCAGUGGUCUGGCCCUAUCCCCACAGUGUACACAUGUGGCAGAUACGCCCCGUUUGCCAUGGAAACCACUAGGAAUCAUGGAGCGAGGAGUCCUGCUGUUCUGGAGCCUCUACCUGGCAGAGAGCCAGUGUCUGUAGCUCUGGGGCCCUUUUCCACCAGCCACUGACCAGCUGUGUUGUGUGGCCCCAGGCUGUUUUCUACCUGUUAGUUAGUGGUGCCUCCCUUCCUAGGAAAGUCAAACAGAAUGUCAAUGGAGCCAACACUCGGGAAGUCACUUGUUUGUCAGUGACCUCCUACAGAUGUAUAAAUCAUCCUGGGAGAAGGGUUGGAAGGUCUAUACACUGCACAAGAUUUAAGGUUCAGAGAGGCAAAGGGUGGUGCCUGCGACUGCACAGCAGGCCAAUGCUGAUAGCAAUAGGUGUGUGGAGGGACAGGCAGGUGCCAAGCCAGGCUCUGUGGCCCCAGAGGGUGGUAAUGGGAUGAGUAUUCCCUCAUUAUAAUCAGGAUCAGAUGUCCCAGCUGAAGGGACCUCUAACCAUCACACUGUGCCUAGACAGUGGAGGACCAGAAUAGGAGUCACUGUGGCCCGAGCAGUGUUGCUCUGGACUCACUGUCCUGGGGACACAGGGAUGCUACAUGACUUCCUGGGGAAUCUGGGGCCUGUGAAAUCAGAAGCUGAGACUUGAGGAAUCUCAGAGUGUGGGGGGGCUGCCAGUGGAGAGACACAGAAUCCCCCUUGUAACCCCCACCCUGCCAUUUCAUCAGGGUUGCUCAGAAGUGCCCUAAGUUAGCCCUGGCAUCUAAGGCGGAGAUCCGAAAAGCUCCAGCCUGUCCCCAUUUCUUCACACUCACUUUCACACUUGCUCACACUACACACAGGUCCUAGGCAAUGUCACCUCUCCUGGGCUCUUGACCCCCAAAGACCAGCAUAGACAGGUGCUGCCCACCGGGGAUUCCAGCCAGGCUCUUUAGUCUGAGAAGUACCCAAGGUACUCAAUACCAGAGGGCGCUGUGGGACCCCCCUAAUCUCCCCCCACCCCCACCCCACACACACACAAGGUCCUCACUCCGAUCAGCAUUCACAUUUUCCAGCUUCAGUGCUGGGCCAGGCCCUGUACUGGGUGCUAGGAAUCUGAGCAGGAACCACAUUUGGCUGUAGCCCCAUUAAGGAUCCCUCCAAGUGGGUGAAAGAGAUUAGUGCUGGGGAGCCAGGAGGGGCUGCCCAGCUGCCAAGGGUUAGCCUCUCAGGGAUAAAGGAAGGGAGAGUACAUGUAGAGCCAGGCACACAGGACAUGCCACGAGGCAUCUUGAGGUGUUGUGCAAUCAUAGUAGAUUUCUGUGGGGCCUACAAGGAGGAAAUGUUGGGGCAUGGAGUGAGAAGAUGAGCAGGUUCCCACUGCCAGCUCAUGCUGUGGUGUCCCGGUGACAGAUGGGGACUGCAGAGUGUCCCUUCAGAGCAGCCACUCUGUCUUACUGCCUCUGUACUCCUCACACCUCCCCACAUCAGCUCAUCCACAGAUGUUGAUGGGUAUAGUCCUAAAGGAGAAGGAAUCAUUUAAAAGAUUCGGAGUUAUAGGGCUGGAGGGGUGGUUCAGCAGUUAAGAGUGCUAGUUGCUUUUCCAGAGGACCUGAGUUCAAUUCCCAGCACCCACAUGGUGGCUCACAACUGUCUGUACCUCGUGGCUUCUGCAGUCACCAGGCAUACAAGAGGUACACAGGCAUUCAUACAAGCAACAUACCCAUACACAUUAACUUUUAAAUAUGUAUAGUAAAUAUAUUUGCUAUGAUACUAAUAUUCAACCAUAAUGUUUUAAAGACAGUCAGAAAUGUUUGGAACCCCAAUUCCAGAUUUCAGGGGUUUUGUUAUUUAGAUAUACUUUUCUUGUUGUGUAUUCCUAAUCUGAAACCCCAAACCCACAGCUCCAGACUCUCAGAUCUUCUGAACAUCAUGCUCAAAACAUUCAGAUUUGGGAGUUUAGGCUCUCAGAUUAGGGGUGCCUACCUUGAAUCAUUAAAUACAGUCAGGGUACUGGUUUCGAAGAUACACAGGUUUGGCAGUUUGCUUAAAUGGGAUCCCAACAGAAGUCCUUCAGAGCCAUGGCCCAAUUUCCCUCCCUUCUUUUCAUUUCCCCUGCAAUGUAUUUAUGGAUGAAACUGGGUCAUUCGUUGUGUGGAUUUCUCACUGGGUGGAUUUUGUUGACUGUGUCCUCAUAGGACAUUUGACAUGUUCUCUGGCUCUGCUGUAACCCAGGAUUUGUCCCAGAGGCUUGAUAAGAUUAAUGCAGAAGUCAUAUCUUGUCCUCUUGCCCCCCACUAUGUGAUAUGAAGUGACCAUUGGAUAAUGUUUUUCAGACAGGGUCUCAUAUAUGAGGCCAGCCUAGAACACGGUAUGAAGCCAUGUGGGAAUUUCUGGUCUUCUUUCCUCCACCUCCUAAGUCCAGGGAUGGCAGGCAUGAGAUGCCACAUCAGGAUUAUUUGGUGCUGGGGAUCCAACCCAUGUUGCCCAUCCUGCAUGUUAGGCAAGCGCUCCACCAGUGGGCUUCAUUCCUAGCCCUUAUGAGUUCUUUGAAACAGGGUCUAGCCCAGGCAGGCCUAGAAUUCAGUCUUCCUGUCUCAAACCCCCCCACCUCUGCCCCACAACCCAGUGCUAGGGUUGCAUACCCACAUCCAUUAAUCCAUCAAUGGCUUUGAAGUCCUUUCUGCCACACUUCCUACCUGGGAUUUGUUUCCAGACAGAGACCCUCCUCCAUUUUUUGGUUGCCCUCUGGUUGGCUAUGCAAAGAAAGGCAGGGUAGUGUUUCAUUCUUCGUCUUUACAUUUCCCAUCGCUACCUGUCUCUGGUAGUGACUGUUCUGUGUUUGUGACCUCAUGAACUCAAACAUGUUCACUGUGUUCAGUGCAUUGCCAUUCCCUUCCUAAAGCUCACGCAGGCGGGUCUAUUUGUAGCAGCUUCCUGAAUCUUUUGGCCUAGAUAGGGAGGCUGGGGACCUCCUUGAUUUGUGACACAGCCAGAUGUGUCAUAUGAACAGAUGUGCUUGGACUGUCUCCUCCCACCCUCAUUGCCCAGCAGGUAGCAGAGAGACUGAGGGUGAAAAGCUACUGUGGAACCCACCCCAUGCCAAUUCUAAUGGCUCUGAUGCAGGAGGAGAACCUGAGGCCUCCAGGGAUCCUGACUCUGGGUCUCUGGCCCUGGAGCCUCAUUAGCUGCUUCUUGGGCCACACUGGGCUCAGGACCAAGCCCUGCACUUGACUAAUGAUCCUCCCAGGUCCCAGUAUACCUCCCCAUGCCCUUUGAGGGCUCCUCCUCCUCCCUUCCCUCACAGUCCAGAGCACCCAGGGCAGGGUCUCGGGGGAGUGGCCUUGGGCGUAGCUUUCUGCCAUUGGGUAUGAUUCUGUAUGUUUGGACAGUUUCUCUGGACCUCAGCUUUCCCAUCUGUGCAGUGGGAUGACCCCA